AUGUACAACUGGAAUAAAGAUGGUGUCCAAAUAUCCUCCUACACUGAGAGCAGGAAAUAUUCAUUCACUCCUGUAGAGUCUCUCAGCGCUAAAUACACCUGCAGCGGACGGAGAAGAAGCGACUCUCAGACCUCAGAGACCAGCAACACUGUUACACUCACUGUGUCAGUGCUCCCAAAACCUGUGGUGUCCAUAAAUCCUGAUGAACAGGUGUACAGAGGAGAGACUGUCACUCUCAGAUGUGACAUACAGGAUGAAGAGGACUCUGACUGGAUCUACAGCUGGAAUAAAGAUGGUUCUGGUGUCAGUAGUGAACAGGAGUACAGAAUCAGUAGUGCUGAAACAUCUCAUGCAGAAAAACCUAAACCUGAACUCACACCAAGUCGUGAAGGAGCUGUACUGAAAGGAAACGCCGUGACUCUGUCCUGUACACUGAAGCUGCAGUCUGCUGGAUGGAAGUUUUACUGGAUCAAACCCACACAGAGCACUGAGACUGAGACUGAAACAGACUACUACAACAUCAGCUCCGUUAGAGUCUCUGAUGGAGAGAUUCCUAUAUCUGUGGUGACCAUAAAGCCUGAUAAACAUGUGUUCAAAGGAGAGACUGUUUUUUAUCAUUUGUGUCUUUUUCUUUCCUCCGUCUCAGGUUCAACAUACAAUACUGUUAUAGUAUUUGUGUCUGUGGGACUGAGUUUGGCCUUUCUGUUCAUCAUCCUUUUACUGAUCCUGCAUUGGUGGCACAAAUCCAACACAGGAAAGGACAGAGACAUACAGCAGAACAGCAAUCAGACACCAGGCCAGAACCCGAGUCAGUCAGGAGCUGAGGAUUCUCAAUCAAGACACACUCCACUUCAGACCGAUGUGCACAUUUAUGCCACUGUGGAGAACGCAAGUAAAAGUGACGCUGCAGCUGAACUCAGUGGGGCCGUUUACGCACAGGUCAUGAAGAAAAAGGAGCCACACAACAAUAAAAAUGAUGUUGCUGGACCCAGUGACGUGACUUACACUGAGCUUGAACUCAAGCCACAGAAAAAAACAAAGAAAAAUCAAGUGAAGGUCAGUGUAGAGUAUGGAACUGUUUACUCACAGCUGAAGCAGAGCACAUAGGUGCUGGAGGAGUGAAUACACAACUGAACAGACGAGAGAGAAGAGAGAGAGAGAAGUUCAUCAUGUGUGCAGUGACAGUAAAAUCGGAGUGAGAUUGUUUUGUACAGGUUCUUUGCACUUAUUUGGUUUAAAUUGUGGGGGGGUUAAGAACGUGUGUAUGGACAGCAUUAAGAAGUAUUUACAGGGUGUAUUUUAUUGAUUACUUGUGCCACUAUUAAGACUGGUUGUAAAGCAAAAGGAUUUAGUAGUAAUAGUAAGAGUAAUAAGUCAAUGUGACUGAACUUUUAUUCUUGAAAAUGUUUUUUCACUCAUGUGAGGGGCUUCAUCAUGUCAUCUGUGUGCAGUUCACACCUACAGAACUGAAAGUCGUUACGAUCACAUACAGAGAUACACUGAUGUAUUUUCCACCACACGGUACAACCACAAUCUGCAGCCUACAGUUAAAAAGAUCAUGUAUCAUUUCAUCAUAACAAAUAUCACUUCAUGGUUUCAUUGUAUUAAGCAACACUUUAAAUAAAUGCAUGCAGAUAUCACAAACCACAAGAAGAUGAAUAUCUAUCACAAGCCCUAAACUGUGUGCACCAAAUGUGUCUGUAAUGUCACACAUCUUCCAGAAACUAUCGUUUUAAUGUAUUUUUAUUGCACUGUAACAAGCCUGUUAGAAAAGUCAUGUGCAUAGAGUGUACAGUUUUAUCUCCAGCAAACGUUUGUACUCAUCUCCAUCCAUGUGGACAUAAGCAGUAUCAGUAUAUGUAAAGUUAGAGGUGCUCAGUACAGUGCAAUCUCUCCAUUUAUUUACUUGGUAUUUUAAUGUAUUUUUUUUCUUUGGUUUAAAUUUGUAAGCAUUUCAGCGAUAACAGUUGUACUUUUAGGUCACACAAAUGAUACCCUGCAUUAAAAUAUACAUGUAUACAAAGCAGCUGUAUUUUAUUAAGGGGCGUUAUUCACUGAUUAACCUCCAGUUGCUUUACAAGUGAUGACAUCCUAUGAAACAAUGCAUAUAUUCAUUCUCAUGCAUCAUUAUUGUUGUACUCUACAAGAAAAAUACCUGCACUGUAGUAGAAAUCAUCAGCUCUGUUUCUCAUUAAUAUUAUGUUUAAAAAGUGGCUAAAGCUAAACAGAGAGCAUGAAAAAUUUCAGAUGAGGAAAUAUUUUAUCAAUCCUGCAUCACGCAGACUGUGAAUAAAGUCUAC